CCCGUAGCCUCGGGCCCCUCCAUCUCAAUAUCUCACGACAGCUUUACUUACAUGUUACAACGUGGUAACUUCAAGGCUGACUUUAACAUUCCUUGUCAACUUUUACAGAUCUACUGCCUCCACCGUUUCUUUGUGCCCGAACCUCUACACUCUCCUAAAUUAUGCGCUGAGGCUUGCCGUCAUUUGCUGCUGGCCAUGUCUGAACCCGGGAGCUACAAGCAACGAAAGGAGGACUUUGUGUCCAAUCUCUCCGGCGGCUCUGUCGCAGAAAUCAAUUAUGUUACAUCCGUUGCGGCUGUAGCAAUUAUUCUAUGGUCCGUCCUCCAAGCCCGCCAGUCCUUCUUCGAACCGUAUACGGUACUCGCAUUCGCUGUUGAUUUCCUCCUCAACGUUGGAGCCAUUCUCCUGUCGAUAACUCUCUAUUCGAAAUCACCGCUUCUUCUGAACCUUCUUCUCAUUACGCCCGCGGUUUUCAUCUUCGUCCUCCCACCUCAAUCUGCAGAUCGAAAGAAGAAGCUCAAGGUCCCUCCAAAUGCGCGGUCCAAGGAAAACUCCGGGCAGCUUGAUGUCUUAUCAACAAAGCCUUUCCUCACAAACUUUCGCGGUUGCAUGAUGAUUGUCACCUGUGUGGCCAUUCUUGCUGUCGACUUUCGCUUGUUUCCUAGACGGUUUGCCAAGGUUGAGACAUGGGGUACUUCUCUGAUGGACUUAGGUGUUGGAUCCUUUGUCUUCUCAGCGGGCCUUGUUGCAGCUCGUCCUGUACUGCGCGAGAAAGCGAUAGGUCGCACAACAGGCCGGGCAACACCCCUUUCCCACCGGAUCGUGCAUUCGCUGCGCCAUUCUAUUCCACUGCUAGUGUUAGGGUUGAUACGUUUCCUGAGUGUUAAGGGCUUGGACUACGCCGAACAUGUGACAGAAUAUGGCGUUCACUGGAACUUCUUCUUCACGCUUGGGUUUCUGCCCCCUUUUGUUGCCAUCUUCCAGUCAGCUCUGAAAUGGAUUCCUUCAUUUGCAGCCCUGUCGUUGUUGGUGGGCGUCACAUAUCAAAUUCUGCUUGAAGCCACUAGUCUGAAGGCGUAUGUCUUGACGGCGCCCAGGACCGACCUAAUCAGCAUGAACCGGGAAGGCAUUUUCAGCUUCAUUGGAUACCUGGCAAUUUUCCUUGCUGGGCAAGAUACGGGCAUGUUUGUCAUUCCCCGUAACAUCCCUCCUAAGAGUACCGCCAGCCCCGGAGCUCAGAGGAACACCCUUCUGAUGACUAUGGCUGUUUGGGGUGGUGUCUGGACUGGACUCUAUUUGCUCUCCACGAAUUACCACUAUGGUUUCGGUUUGGCAGUAUCCCGUCGCAUGGCAAAUUUACCCUAUGUUUUGUGGGUUGUUGCCUUCAACACCUUGCAAUUGUUGGGUUUUGCGGCCAUUGACACGAUAUUCUUCCCUACCUUCUAUAAUGCACAAGACGCAAAGACAGAGAAGGAGGCUUAUAUGCAAGCCACCAGCCGUGUAAUCCGAGCAUACAACCGUAACGGAUUGGCCAUCUUCUUGUUGGCAAACUUGUUGACUGGCUUGGUCAAUAUGACAGUCAAUACGCUGGAUGCUACUCCCGUACUGACAAUGGGAAUAUUAGUUGCAUAUACCGCAACUAUCACAGGGGUCGCAGUGGCAUUAGAUGCUUAUAAUAUCAGCUUUAAGCUUUAAACAUCGCAUCUGGCAUUUCGAUCUCACAUAUCUAGCGCAGCAUUUCGUCAGCUUUGUGGUCAUUAUAGAGUUUACUUAAUAGAACGUGUUAAAAAUACGCAGAUAUAAGUUGAACUUGUGUUGGCUCCAUUGGUACACGUGAAUUCAAACGCUAGAAUUUAACUUGACCACACUGGACGGCCGCUUCAAUUUACCAACUUCCAGUGGUUCAUGGCUAGCAAAUUUUCUAAGCAUUGCGCAUGACUUUCUAAUACAUUUCAGAGGUGAGUUGCAACAGGUUUGCAUACCGUGUUGUUUCUCGUAGAUGUAUGCAUAAAUAAGACAAGGACC